CUCGAAGCCAUAUUUGGAUCACUCAGCAACGAGGUGGCACAUCUUGAUACAAAAAUGCUGCUCAGCGAGCCUGGUUACUUCAGAACAUCAUUCCCAAACAGUACUGUCUUCAUUGACGCUGGCAUAUCUAUCGGAGAUUAUGAAGCCAUUUCAAAGCCAAGCGAAGAUAUGUUUAAGGCUACACAUGGCAACCAACCUGGUGAUCAUAAAGAGGGUUCAAAGCGUAUUAUUAAGCUCCUCACUGGCACAGGUCUUGUCAAGGAUAAAGAGAUGCUUUUCGAGCGAUCUUGGUAG